AUGUCCACCUUUAAAGAUUUCUUGGUUUGGUACAAUAAUCUGGAUGUAGUACCUUUCCUCGAGGCAGUAGAGAAAAUGAGUCAAUUCUGGCAAGAGAGAAAGAUUGAUAUGUUUAAAGAUGGGAUUUCUGUGCCUGGUCUCACCCUCAAGUACCUCUUCUCAUACCUCUCACCUCAAACGUACUUCAGUCUCUUCGAUCAAGCGAACAGUGACCUGUAUCACUUGAUCAAAGACAACAACACCGGAGGCUCCUCAAUCAUCUCCCAUCGUUACCACGAAGCCGAUAAAACGCAACUCAGGGAAGCUGAAGAAGGCGAGGCUGCUAAGCUGUGCCAGAAGAUCGUGGGUUAUGACGCGAAUGCUUUGUACCUCUUGGCUAUUAUGCAGAACAUGCCAACGGGAAGUUACACGCGACGCCUAGCAGAGAAUGAGCUCAAACCUAAAAGCUCUAUCAAGAUGGCGAUUGAGUGGUUAGAAUGGGUGGCGCACCAAGACAGAAUACAUAUUCGUCAUCAGCUGAACAAUACAGAGAAGCGCAUUGGGGAUCGUAAACUUCCCGUCGACGGUUUCAAUGUUGAGUCACAAACUGUGUACCGGUUUCAGGGGUGUUAUCGGCACGGCCAUGACUGCGCUCUCAAUCGCGGAAAAGAAGUUAACGAGAAACGAAACAAACCUAUGACAGAACUGCUGGAAGAAACUAGAGCCAACACCGAGUAUAUUCGAAACAAAGGCUACCGUGUCGUGGAGAUGUGGGAAUGUGAAUGGCGCCGGAUGAAGAAAACGAAUCCUGAACUGCAGCGGUUUAUCGCUACAGAAGUGAGAAGAACCCUCGACAAAGUUAAGAUCAUGAGUACGGAGCGAAUUUUGAGCGAGGUGCGAAAUGAGCGUUUGUUUUGGGUACCAUUUCAGAAGAGGUGUAGCGAGCAGAAUCUUAUCUCCUUUCAUGCUCCCGAUCAAGCUGCGACGGGGCUGAGCCAUGAUGCCGUGCUCCUCAGCGUACGCUUUCAUGAACUCUCCAAUAUCCUCUCGACUGAUGUUGGUGUUUUUAAAGAUCGGGCACAUCUCGCUGAACUUCUCUUUCAAAUGCUCUGGUACGCGAAUAUCCACUUCCACGCACUUGGAACAUGCUUUAGAGGUCACGAAAGUACACCACGUGAUCGAGUUCACCCCUGAGCCCUGCUUCAAAUCCUUUGGCGAUGCUGUGUCUGACGCGAGACGAGCAGGCGAUGCAGACCCGAACAAAGCCAUCAUUGCGGAUACAAUGAAAUUGAUAAGUUUUUGUUUCAUUCUGGGAUCAUAGGGGAGGAGAACGAUGUGAUUGUAUACAGAAAACUGAUAUAAACCUUGCUUUUUUAGGUGGGAAAUUCAUCGCAUGGUAAAACAAUCACCAACCAAUUGAAGCAUAGGAACGUGGAGUAUUGCAGUGACGCUGAGGCCAGCCGAAAAGUGAACACGCCUCUCUUCCGCAAGCUGGAUAAUAUCACAGAAGAUACUUAUGAAGUAGAGUCUUGUAAAAAAACCAUCAAGUUAAAUCUUCUAAGCCAAAUCGGUUUUUUCGUGUAUCAAUAUGCGAAGUUAAGAAUGCUGCAAUUUUAUUAUGAUUUUCUUGACAAGUAUCUCGAUCGCAGCGAUUUUCAAAUGUGUGAGAUGGAUACAGACAGCGCGUAUAUCGCUAUUGCUGGAGAGAGUGUGGAAAGUUUAGUCAAACCAGAAUUGAAAGCAGAGUUCGAAGCCGAUAAAUGCAACUGGUUUCCCCGUACGGAUACACCCGAGCAUAAAGCCUAUGAUAAGCGAACCCCGGGUCUUUUUAAAGUUGAGUGGGAGGGUCAAGGAAUUAUCGGGUUGUGUUCAAAAACCUACUACUGUUUUGGGGCCAAAGAUAAGUUUUCUUGCAAAGGAGUCGACAAGAAAUGUAACGAGAUUAACAAAGACAAGUAUUUACAAGUGUUGCUCACAAAACAGAAUAGUUCAGGUGUUAACAGAGGUUUUCGUGUUGUUAACAACACCAUGUGCACUUAUGAGCAAGUUAGGGAUGCAUUUUCGUAUUUUUACCCGAAACGUAAAGUUCUCGCAGAUGGAGUUAGCACUACUCCACUCGAUAUUUAA